AGAGAGAGGAAACGUAAGAAAAAGCAUAAAAUCAACCGAUCACGGCAAAACCAUUGAUGAGAUUAAGAAGAAGAAGAAGAGUCUGAGGAGAAGCGACAAUGGCGGAGCACUUGGCAUCGAUUUUCGGGACGGAGAAGGACCGAGUGAACUGCCCGUUCUACUUCAAGAUCGGAGCUUGCAGACAUGGCGACCGCUGCUCCAGGCUCCAUACCAAGCCCAGCAUCAGCCCCACUCUCCUCCUCUCCAACAUGUACCAGCGCCCCGACAUGCUCACCGCCCCCGGCGUCGACACCCAGGGCCAGUCCCUCGACCCCCGCAAGAUCCAAGACAACUUCGAGGAUUUUUAUGAGGAUCUGUUCGAGGAGCUGAGCAAGUACGGCCAGAUUGAGAGCUUGAACAUCUGUGAUAAUUUGGCUGACCACAUGGUAUAA